CGAGAAUCAUUGUUUCUCUGUUGUAUUGGUAGAGUUUAAUAUUUCGUUCUUUGUGUUUGUGUUAUUUUGGGUACUGUGUGGCUUAAAGGAUAUUCGUUUCCAGGCCCUUCUCUGCCUCAGGAGCGGAAAAUGUUGAGAAGCAGCGAUCAGAUGUCGUUUGUGUGCAUCAUGGAAUUACAUUUAUGAUGACUUUAAACUAUAUUUCCGUGGUCCAAAAUCACCCUAACCAGCCUCUUGAUGACUCUUAGCAACGGCUUCUAGCGCUAUUUUUGCAAGCGGUCUCGUUGAUGAAUAUUUUUCGUAGGAUGAAACUUAACGAAAAAAGCGUUGCUCAGUUCGCUAUUUCAAACUCCUCGACAGACAAGGAGGGUUAUUUGAACAAGAAAGGAGAACUGAACAGAGGUUACCAGCGACGCUGGUUUGUUUUGAAAGGAAAUUUGCUGUAUUAUUUCGAGAGACGAUUGGAUAAGGACCCCAUUGGCGUUAUAAUACUUGAAAACUGCAACGUGGAAUUAGCAGAAAGCGGCGAACCGUACGCAUUUCAAAUAAACUUUGCCGGAGCUGGAGCUCGGGUUUAUGUUUUGGGAGCCGAUACACCAGAAGAUAUGGAAGCAUGGAUGAAAGUUUUAACUAUAGCGACCUAUGAGUACAUGAAAAUGAUGGUACAAUCUCUAGAAAAAAGCCUAAGCGAUUUUUCUAGUAGCCAGAAUGAAUUAAUCAAUAUCGGUGAUGUCUCAUCAAGCGGGGAAUUCACUGAUUCUGAUCAAUUCUCGAGGUCAACGGAGUCAUCGAAGGCGGAAGUUGAGUACCCAAACCGCUUUAAAGAGGAUAGAUACAGUUUUAGUAGUGCUAUUACUUCGAUAAAUAAGGCAAGAGCUGAUACUUUUGGUCGAUAUGAACCUGGAGUUGCUACAUUGGUUGAUCUUGAUUUUUCAACAACAGGGGGUGACUUCAUUGGUGAUGAUGGACUGUUUGGAAAGUCCCCAGAAGAUAUUUUACCUUUAAGUUUUUCAGAGCUAUCUCACUUAGAACAAAUUCAUGCAAACAAUUUUCAAGAUGAGCUUGGAAGAACACAAUCCACAAUAGAUGAGAGUCUAGCAGCAGGGAAUCGCCUUGUAUCUGGACUUGGCAGAAAUACCAGGUCCAAAUCAGAGCGUAAAGGAAGAGCUGGUAAAAGCAGUAGUGAAUAUGGUCUGCCACCAGGGUUUAGGACUAUACCACGGACAUUUACAGAUGACAUGAGUGCUUUUGCAGAACAAGGAAGUGUAUUUAGGAUGUUACAUGAGACUUAUGGUGCCUCAAUCUGGGUCAAGGUUAAAGAAUGUGGGAAAAAAGACCUGAUUUCAUAGUUUAAAUAUGCUACAGAAUAUAACAAAGUUAGAAUUUAUAAAUAAUUUGUCAUACUUCAAGGUUGUUUUCUAGAAUGAAUACAAUUAAUGACCUAUACACAAUUAUGCACUAAUCUAGGGAACCUCAAUGUCAGUAUUUGGAAUUUAUGGUUAGGAUUCUAGAAUUGCCAAAAUCAGGAAAUGCUUGGAGAAGUGAGACCACUAAUCUUGGUUGUAUUUGCUCUAAAUGCUUUAGUAGUUAGUCAAAAGAUAUUUUAUUGUCUCUGUUGUGUUGCAGUUAGUGAGAUUUUUUCCUUUAGGGAAGGGGGCAUUUCUUUUUGGUUAAGCAUACUAUCAAAAUUUAUAAAGAAAUUAUAAAGAUAAAGAAACUAAAAGUAUUUUCUUGUGUGUGUAUCAGCAGUGGGGAAUGUUGUAUAAAUUAUCAUUUAACUAAUAAUUUCAGGUAGAACAUUUUGAAUAUAUUGACUGAAUAAAACCUGGAAUAUACUA